GGAAUGUGUUAGUAGGAAUGCCAUGUUUAGUGUUGGCCACAGUAGAGCACAACGUCGUGCGAGGCUCCGCCAGAUUUUUAUGAAUCAAGAAGUAGAAGUUCAGCCAAUAAGCCCACCUGUCUAUGUAGAGGAUCCUCCACCCCCACCUUACAGUGAAGUGCCGACGGAAGGCAACACUCCCGUUACUUCUGAAGAGAGUGACUCUGCAACAGGCAGCACGGAGCACUCGCGGGAAGGGGUUGGGCUUGGGUGUGAGGCCCAGGAGGGAAGGCAGGAGGUGGAGCCUGGCAUAGCAACAGUGGCGGGGGGAAGCACCAUGCUGGGAGGAGGGCGCCUCUGGGAAGUCCAGGGGCGCCUGGAGGCCCUAAGGAAACGACAUGACCAGUGGACAUGUUUCCUCUGUUGCCAUGUCCGCACAGGAACUAUAGUCAUUGGUUUCUGGCACAUGUUACUCCACCUCAUGGCUUUGUCUCUGAUUGCGGUUGUGGUGGUGCAUCCUGAAAUGCUCAGCCAGUCCGUUGGUCCUCUUAGUGGUCUCGGAGGCAGUGGAGACCAGCUGACUGUCAAUCCACACCAGCAAGAUGUGCAAGCUGUAAAGUGUGGGGCUGAAAUGCCAUGUAUUUUAGCCACACAAGGAGAUGACAAUUCUAACCAAGGAGGCUUCAGCCAAGGAAACUAUAACAAAGGGAGCCCCAACCAAGGAAAUCCUAACCAAGCAUCAAAUGACUUUUCUCUCUCCCUUGGGAACUUGCUCACUACACACAGACUCAAUACUGAUGAAGUCAAUGUUGCCCUGUUCAUCACUCUGUGUACAUUUGUCGUGACUCUUCUACUCGUUUAUGGAGCUUUUAGAGGCCAGCCUUCCCAUCUCAUGCCAUUCUUCUUUUUGCAAGUUUUUGACUUUUGCAUAUCAAGCAUGACAAUGAUUGGUUACUUGUCAUACUUGCCUAAUAUUCGGCAGAGGAUCCGUGAAACACCAGCGUUUCCCUUCCAGCAGCAGCUGCUGGCUAUGAAUACCAAAUGUUUAACUUUCUUUGUAAUGCUUAUUUUCAUUACAACACUCAUGGCUAAGGCAUACUGCAUUAGCAUUGUGUGGCGUUGUUACAAGUUCUUGAUGCUUAAGGCUCAAGCAGGACGAUCUGUGCUGCGAUAUAUGGGAGGAGUAUCUGGUCCAGUUGACCAGGAGAGUCAGACACUAGUCAUGGGACAAGAUUUGCCAGAUUAUGAUACAGCUAUGGCUGAUCCUCAGUAUAGGAAGAAGCUUUCAGGGAUGUUCCCUGAACCUCCUCCAUCUUAUGAGAUGGCCAUGGCAACACUCUUUGCCCAACAGGAGAGUGGCCAGGAUCAUCUUGAUUCUGCCGAAGGUGCUUGUGGAGGAACACAGGCUAAUAUUCCCACCUCAAGUCAGUCCUUGACGAGCCAAGAUCAACCAAGCACUGCUUCUGCCGUAAACCACACUCCUGCCACAAGUCGUUCAACCGUCCCAGUUUCUGUUGUCAUUAUGCCCUCAGCCAAUGUUGUAACCAACACUCCUGCUGCUGAUUAGGUCCAAAAUUGAGGUUAACUCUCACAUUGGAGACCAUUUGGAUUGGCUGAUCUUUAAAAGAACUUGUGCUCCAAAAUUAUAUGUAUUUUUC